AUGAGAGUUGGAAGCUGGAAGAAAUCCUUGUUUCUGGCUGCCCUGGUCCUCGUGGCCAAGUUGGGCCAUUUCCAAAGAUGGGAGGGAUUCCAGGAGAAGCCCAUGAGUAAGCAAAACAUGAAUGCAACACUCAGUUUCUUAAUUCAGAGAUACAAUAAUGUCAGCAAUGAUACCUACUCAUUUCAAAUCGAAAAGCUACUUCGAACUCAGAUGCAGCUGACAACUGGAGUGGAGUAUAUGAUAACUGUGAAGAUUAGUCGGACCACAUGCAAAAGACAAAACAUGAAAAAUCAUUCCUGUCCACUUCAAAGCAAAAAGAAGCUCAAAAAGAGUCUCAUUUGUGAUUUUUUGAUAUACACUGUGCCCUGGAUGAACUAUUAUCAACUCUGGAACAAUUCUUGUCAGGAAGGCUAA